AUGGCGGCGGCGUGAGUUGCAUGUUGUGUGAGGAUCCUGGGGCCAGGAUUCGUCGCUCGGGUCUCGCCAUGGCUGUCACCAUCACGCUCAAAACGCUGCAGCAGCAGACCUUUAAGAUCCGCAUGGAACCUGACGAGACGGUGAAGGUACUAAAGGAGAAGAUAGAAGCUGAGAAGGGUCGUGAUACCUUCCCUGUGGCUGGACAGAAGCUUAUUUAUGCUGGCAAGAUCCUGAGUGAUGAUGUCCCCAUCAGGGACUAUCGUAUAGAUGAGAAGAACUUUGUGGUUGUCAUGGUGACCAAGGCCAAAGCUGGCCCAGGCACCUCGGCCCCCGCAGAGACCUCACCUACUGCUUCCCCGGAGUCUUCCACAUCCUUCCCGCCAGCCCCUGCCCCUGGCAUGUCCCAGCCCCCUCCUUCUGCCAGAGAGGACAGGAGCCCAUCUGAGGACUCUGCCCCCACAAUGUCCCCGGAGUCUGUGUCAGGCUCUGUUCCCUCUUCAGGUAGCAGCGGGCGAGAGGAAGACGCGGCCUCCACGCUAGUGACUGGCUCUGAGUAUGAAACAAUGCUGACGGAGAUCAUGUCCAUGGGCUACGAGCGGGAGCGCGUCGUGGCUGCCCUGAGAGCUAGCUACAACAACCCCCACCGCGCCGUGGAGUAUCUGCUCACGGGAAUUCCUGGGAGCCCUGAGCCAGAGCACGGCUCCGUCCAGGAGAGCCAGGUAUCCGAGCAGCCGGCCACAGAAGCAGGAGAGAACCCCCUCGAGUUCCUGCGGGACCAGCCCCAGUUCCAGAACAUGCGACAGGUGAUUCAGCAGAACCCAGCACUGCUGCCAGCCCUACUUCAGCAGCUGGGCCAGGAGAACCCUCAACUCUUACAGCAAAUAAGCCGGCACCAGGAACAGUUCAUUCAGAUGUUGAACGAGCCCCCUGGGGAGCUGGCAGACAUCUCAGAUGCAGAGGGUGAGGUGGGUGCCAUAGGCGAGGAGGCCCCACAAAUGAACUACAUCCAGGUGACCCCGCAGGAGAAAGAAGCCAUAGAGAGGUUGAAGGCCCUUGGCUUUCCAGAGAGCCUGGUUAUCCAGGCCUACUUCGCCUGUGAAAAAAAUGAGAACUUGGCUGCCAACUUUCUCCUGAGUCAGAACUUUGACGACGAGUAACGCGGGGAAACCAGGCUGCCUAUUGUCCCACCUCACCCCCAUUCCACAAAAGUUUUAUAAAAGAAAAAAUAUAUAUAUAUAUAUUCAUGUUUAUUUAAGAAGUGGGAAAAAAAAAAAAAAGUCAUAAACCUUAAAAAAAAAAAAAAAGUUCCCUUAAAUUUCUGCCCUCCUGAAGUGUCCCCACUUGCUUUGCUGCCUGAGAAGACCUGGGCUAGACAGCUGUCCUCCAGUCCCCCGCCCCAGCUCAGCCUGCUUGGUGGAGCUGGCAGGACUGGGAGGCAACAGAUGGGCCCCUCUUGGCCUCUGUCCCAGCUCCCUGCAGCCAGAUGGAGAGGCGGCUGCUUGCCUUCCAUCCCCUGAGAUAUCCCCCACCCCUCUUUCCAGGCUAAGGGGAAGCUGAGCCCAAACUUUGAUCCUCCAUUGGAGUGGCCC